AUGCAAACUGUGGGUCAGCUUAUGACUGUCCUCGAUUUCUUAACCAAUAAAAUUCCUUUUAGCUUUGUAUUAUUGUAUAAAGAAAUUAAUAUAUAAUGCUCACUCUUCAAAUUUAAUAGCUAAAUUUAAAGGUUUUAUGCAAAUUCGAAGAAAUACCAAUAGCACUAUUGUAGUUUACUUAACUAACCAGAAUUGCUUUAUCAGUUCGUAUUACCCAUACAUGAAUGAAUUUUAAAAAUGUUGUUUCUUUAUGCAUCACUAAUUCUCUUAACUAAUACAUACAUUUGGUUAUCAGCAAAUACACAAGUUGCUGCAUUGAAGCAUAUUAACCUUAUCAAAAUCAAAAACAUUCUUAUCAAUGUUUUUAUUUGUAAAAAUAUAUACAAUAUAGAUAUUUUCGAAAAGUUACUUCCACAUAAAAUAUCCGUUUCAUUGCAUUACCAAUUCAGAGGUUCAUUCAAAUUUCCUAAAAUAUUUGCAGACAAAAUGUUUUUAAAAUCAAGUAUUUUAUUCUCAUUACAUGCAAUUAUUGCAGCAUAUGACAAAGCAGAGACAUCCGUUGUUUUGGGCUUAUAUCGUUUUUUAAUUGUGGACCAAUUAAAGUUACCUUGGGAUAAUGCAUUACAAUACUGUGCCGACAUGAAUAUGACACUCUUUACUCCCAAUACGGAAGAACGUACUGAAAAACUAAGCCAAUUCUUUACUGAAAUAAACUUCGUUGAUAAACCAAAUAUUGGCAAUGAUUACAUCUAUUGGACUUCUGGCAAAUAUGAUCAAAAUCGUAAAGAAUUUAUUUGGUACAGCACUGGUGAACAGUUCAAUUAUACUAAUUGGCUGCCGAACAUGCCCGAUAAUUGGCGAGGCGAUGAAUUUUGCGUUGAAAUGGGAUUCCGUGAAGUAGGAAAAUGGAAUGAUAAUCGUUGUAUAUAUAAGCGACAUUUCAUUUGUGAGCAUUUGGUAGUAAUGUAGAUACAUUGUUAUUUGAAUUUUAAAGUAAUGUAUGUAUAUAUUUCAUGUAAUAUACGUACACUAUAAAUACUAUUGUAAUAACCACACAUUUCAAAUUUCUUGUUGUUCCUUAGCUUUAAGUAUAAUAUAAUUCAUUUGUGAAUAUUUGAUAGUAAUGUCGAAAUAUUGCAUUCACAUUUAAAAUUAUAUAACUUUGUUCCAAUAUCCAUAUACACAUUUGUAUAAACAUUAUUUAAUUCUCUGAUACUGACUUAAUGACGCUAUAAAUAAACAACAAAAACAUAUUUUUUGGCGCUACUGCAAUUUUACUCCAGAACCAGAGAACGUGUAUCAGAGAACGUUUACCAUAUGUACAUAUGUUCUCUGCUUUUGGCUUCCAAGUAGGCAAAAAGAGAAUGAAAAUAUGUUUGCGUAUAAUAUAGAUAUGUUUGUCAAUUAUUCUAUAUAAUAAUAUAUAUGUAAUUUUUUGUGAA